ACUCGAUUCUUCCCCGAGCCAAAACACAGACGCCGCAUAAAUUUAGAAUGAGUCGCAUUAUUAUGAUAUCGCCGUGAGUCAUUGUCCAAGCUAAUCGUGACAAAACAUGUGAUUUGUUUUACUUUUUGAAGUAAUCCACACUGCAUAACUGUUUUAGUGCUGCCAUGGCUUCUGUUAUCAGAGUAAAACGGCGACGAAAUGAAGAUCCAGCUGAGGCGUUGAGAUUGUCUUGCAAACGACAGCGACAAUCGAUCACAUCGUCGGUAGACGAAAAGAACGAUGGCAAUGCGGAUACUGAGGAUGCUGUUCAGGAAAUAGAGAGUGUCCUGUCAUUUGCUGGCACUCUUUCUUCAAAAGAUGAACCGGUUUCCCGGCACAUCAAAGAAGCAAUCAGAAAAACCAAGCUGCACCGAGAGAUGCAUCCACAUUCCAGUGGUUUCCGACAUGGGGGACCCAAGGAUAAGCUCUCCAAUAAAUUGAGAGAACAGGCGUCAGAGUCUUCUCGGUCUAACAGAUACAGGGUGACAUGGACUCGCAGGGCUCUUGACCUCGACCUUCUCGACAAAGGGGAGGAAUCAGAGAAGACGUCAGAAUCUGCUGGGUCCGACAAUAAAGAGAAUAGCAAGCUUCCAUCUACGCAGUCUGCCGGGCAGUGUAAAAACUCUGGCCAAGAUGUACUGGUUUCUACCUUCACGACAAACUCACCUGCUCAGAUUGCCGAGCAGAAAGACGCCAAGUUGCCCCCUGCUACGAAACCUGCCGCACCGUCUGCUCUUACUAAAGGAGACAAGAUGUUCUGCAUGUUUGAUGUUGAAAGUGAUGAUGAGAAAGAAGCUCUUGCUGGUUUGAUCUCAGGAAAUGACUCUUCCAGUGGGAUCACCAUGAAUGGUGUGCCAAUGGUGUCCACGGAAGUCUCGGCUCCCCUGGCAGAAAGUGAGUAUGUCUACGACCUCUACUACACUCACAGCAACCUCAGCGGUCUAGAUGUCCAAGCCGUGCUGACGGUGCAGUCCAUCUGCGACCAGUUUGUGAAUGAGGAGGAGGAGGGGCCCGACGGAGAGCUGGUCUACGAUGAUGAAGACGACAGCAAUGAUGAAAGCAACUGGAGGAAUGACUACCCGGACGAAGAUCCUCAUUUCUUUGAGAACGAUGACGGGGACUGUUAUUACGCUGAAGAUAUGAUUGAUACAAAUGUUCUGGAUGAUGGUGAUAUGCUAGCCCAGUAUUUAGGAUCCAAGUGUAAAGUUGAGGCCGAUUCUGAUGACGACGCUGAUGAAUAUGGAGAAAACGAAGGUUCAAGUGAUGACGAAUUUAUGUAAAUAUUUUGUACAUGUGUACAUGUAUGAUAGUAAGGCGCUUAGUGUAUAAAUGUAUGCAAUGUUUUUACCGGUCUCCAUUGAUUCAUUUUGCUUCUUACUGUGGUGUAUGCUGGUCCUGCCUGACAAAAAAAUAAAUAAAAUAAAAAUCUUAAAACUUGCUUC